AACCUAACCUAACAGUAACAACAUAGGUAUUCGUCCUAAUGGAAACGUCAUUCCAUGAGAACGUGCUUGAAGCGUGUCUUCCCGCCAAAUUUCCAUCGGUCUUGUUUUUAAUGUCAGCUUCAGUUUAUCCGUACUUUUCCACGCAUAUCCAACGUGUUUCUUUGUAAUUCAUCGAAGAGAUGGAUGCUGCACCCCAACAAGCUGUUCGAGCACGUGUACGAGAUGAGGUCGGGGUCAAGUGUCAAAAAUUGUUUCAGGAUUUCCUGGAGAGAUUCAAGGAAUUUGGGAUUAUUAAAUAUCUGGAGCCAGCCAAAGAACUCAUCAGUCCAGAACGUUGCACCCUGGAGGUGUCUUUCGAUGAUAUGGAAGCGUAUAAUCAAACGCUCGCCACAAUUAUAGUCGAGGAAUAUUACAGGGUAUAUCCAUAUCUGUGUCAAGCGGUAAGCAACUUUGUCAAGGAUGUGGGAAAUUUGCCAAAGGACAAGGAGUGUUACGUCAGUUUUACCGACGUAUCUAUUAGGCAUAAAUUAAGGGAGUUGAAUACAUCGCUGUUGGGCACUUUGACCCGCAUAUCUGGACAGGUGGUACGAACGCAUCCUGUUCAUCCAGAGUUGGUCCUCGGCACGUUUAUUUGUAUGGACUGCAAUGCGUUUAUUAAAAAUGUGGAGCAGCAAUUUAAGUUUACAAAUCCGACAAUCUGUUCCAAUCCAGUGUGCAGCAACAGACGUCGUUUCCUAUUGGACGUGGAUAAUUCAGUGUUCGUCGACUUUCAGAAAGUGCGAAUUCAGGAAACGCAAGCUGAACUUCCACGUGGCUCUAUACCUCGCUCUGUCGAAAUUGUUCUGAGAUCUGAGAUAGUCGAGAUGGUGCAAGCUGGUGACAGAUACGAUUUCACAGGAACUCUCAUAGUAGUGCCGGACGUGGGGGCGUUAACUUUGCCAAGUGCCAAGGCUGAAAUGGGGCCAAGAAACAGGAAUAAUGAGCAGAGGGAAGGUGUAACUGGCCUCAAGGCGCUUGGUGUCAGGGAACUGACGUAUAAAAUGGCAUUUCUCGCCUGCAGCGUUACCAAUACGAGCGCAAGGUUCGGUGGUACGGAUGCAAUGGAAGAAAUUUCACAAGAAGUGAUGAAGAAACGAAUGACGGAAGCGGAGUGGAAUCGCAUCUACGAGAUGAGCCGCGACAAAAAUCUAUACUCAAACAUAGUCUCCAGCCUGUUUCCCGCUAUACACGGUAACGACGAAAUCAAGAAAGGAAUCACGCUGAUGUUCUUCGGCGGCGUAGCGAAAACCACGGAGGAGGGCACGUCGCUGAGAGGAGAUGUCAACGUCUGCAUCGUCGGCGAUCCCAGCACCGCGAAGUCGCAGUUCCUAAAGUGCGUGACCGAUCUCUCGCCCAGGGCGGUUUACACGUCCGGCAAGGCAUCGAGCGCGGCUGGCUUGACGGCCGCGGUUGUACGAGACGAGGAAUCCUCGGACUUUGUCAUAGAGGCCGGGGCGUUGAUGCUCGCGGAUCACGGCGUCUGCUGCAUCGAUGAAUUCGACAAGAUGGAUCCGAAGGAUCAGGUCGCGAUUCACGAGGCCAUGGAGCAGCAGACAAUUUCGAUAACUAAGGCCGGUGUAAGAGCGACUUUAAACGCUCGGACCUCCAUACUGGCGGCGGCAAAUCCCAUCGGCGGGCGAUACGACAGGAGAAAGUCGUUGCAGCAAAAUGUACAGUUAACCGCGCCUAUCAUGUCGAGAUUCGAUUUGUUCUUCGUGGUGCUGGACGAGUGUAACGAAAUCAUCGAUAACGCGAUUGCCAAGAGAAUCAUAGAUUUACACUGCGAUAACGUGAACGAUCUUCAGGUGGUCUACCAACAAGACGAGAUUAUUAGAUAUAUCAACUUUGCCAAACAGUUUAAACCCAUUUUAAGUCAGGAAGCCGCUGAGCUUUUAGUCGAGAAUUACACGGCUCUCAGACAAAGAACGGGCAGCGGAAGCGGCAAGUGGAGGGUCACCGUGAGGCAGUUGGAGAGCAUGAUUAGAUUGUCCGAGGCAUUGGCGAAAAUAGAAUGCAUGGACGAGGUGACAGUGAAGCACGUCAAGGAAGCGAAACGAUUGUUGCAAAAGAGUAUAAUUACGGUGGAACAGCCCGACGUAGACCUCGAGGAAGGCAUGAACGAUGGGAACUUGGGGAUGGACAUAGUCGACGAGCCACCACCGCUCAUGGCGGCGUUUAACGCAGACGGCAACGACGACGCGCCGCCUUCAACACCGUCUAACGAAACAUCGCGCGAAGCACCGAAGAAAAAGUUGACUAUGUCCUUUGAGGAAUAUAAGAAUCUGUCAAAUAUGUUGGUUCUUUAUAUGAGAAGCGAGGAAAGUCGUGCUGAGAGCGAAGACGAUAAUAAGGGUGGCAUACGGAAAUCCGAAUUAAUCGCAUGGUAUCUUGAUCAAAUACAAGAUCAAUUAGAUUCAGAGGAAGAGUUGCUAGAGCGGAAAAACUUUAUUGAAAAGAUCAUUGAUAGACUAACGUACCAUGAUCAAAUUAUAAUACCUUUAACAACGACCAGCUUAAGAAGCAAAGAUACAGAAGACGAAGAGAAGGAUCCUUUACUCGUUGUUCAUCCCAAUUAUGUCAUGGAUAUUUAAUUUUAAGUGUCGGAGUGCCUUGAGAUGAGAAAGCGGUUUAUUUCAUAAAGAGUAACGUUUUUAGAAAUAUUUUACUUUAAUGUAUUAUAAUGGCAUAUUUUUUUAACCUGAAUUCUGUAAAUGUUAUAAACUUUACGGAAUUGUUUUCAACUCCUGACGAUGAUAAAAAAAAACACAUUUUUAUAGCA